AUUGUUGUUGUUUUUAAAAAAUAUCAAUCAUAAUGUGAUGAUUAAGUGUAUUAAUGUUAAGAUUAUAAUGAAUGAUAUGAUAAUUAUGUAAAAAUGAAGUGCAAAACAUGUCUUGAGUGCAAAUGAUGGCAAACUUAUUGUUUGAUUACAUUAAGACAUCGAUGUCUACUAUCAAUUGAUAAUAUCAAUGUAAACAAUAAUCAACUGUAAGCCUUAAAGAAUGAGAGCUAACUUAAAGAAUGAUCGAUUGUCAUAAUAAUUAAUAAUGUCAUCGAUGUCUGAAUUGGCACAAAGUGGUCAAAAAAGCACAAUUUCUAGUGAUUUAGUUGAUAAUUCAGCUCAAAAUAAUGACAUUAAUGAUGGAAGUAGUGGUUUGAAAGAUAAUGUCAUUGUUAGUGAUGUGUUGAUCAAACCAGAUGUUGUCAAUUGUUCCGAGUGUUUGACAAUAGAUUGCGGUAAUAAUAGUAGUUUGAUAGGACCUGAGAGUUCAAUUCGUGGCACUAAUGGUAUGGAGACUGAUAUGAGUCGAGUCAGUCGUGUGGAUGGCAUGCGUACGACCGGCGCUGACUCGACUCGCAAUCAGACACCAGAUGUUUGCUCAGUUAGUCAACACACAAAUGCCACCGACACUGACGGUAGCGAUGGAGUCGACUGUAUGCGUGAAGACCCUAUUAAAGGGGAUCUCAACUGUCACUUCAUAAGCUCUUCCAUUAAUACUAAUCUUCAACAGUCUGAUAAUGAAGUCAUUGUCAUUGAGACUGUUGUCAAAUCAGAUUCACAAGAAGUCACACUAAUUACCGAUACGACUGUCAAAACUACAAUUCAUUUAGAAAAUAAAAAUUUUAACCAAAGUUGCAGUGAAUUAACUCAAGAAAUUGUCACAAAUACAAACUCUAAUAAUAAUAAUACAUAUAAUAACUCAACCAAUACUAUGUCUACUACGACAACAAGUCGUCCAAAACAAUUAAAAUCAUUGUUAAAGAAAGGAAUUUCCGAAAAGUCAAUGAAAGGCAACGUAAAUAAAGGUCACAAAAGAGUAAAAUUCAGUGAAACGAUGCAAGUCUUCUGUGAUGACUGGCCUCAGAAUCUGAUGCCACAAAUAAUAGCCUUGAAAUCUCCCACCGAUUUUAAUUUGGUUGAAGUCCAGGGCUAUAUGUUUGAGCCACCGGUCGAAUACCAGGAUUUACUACCAUUUGAACCGCCGCCCGAUUAUCGGGACUUUAUUGCCAACUCUUUGUGUGCUUUUGAGAACGAUCUCAGUAUUGAUUAUAUUGACGAUGAUAUGGACGACGAUGUGAUAAAAGCAAAUAAAAGCGAACAAAAGUUUAUUAAUGAGAUCAGCUCUAAGUGGGAAUCUAUGAUAUUAAAUAACAAUGAAAGUCUUGAAGAGGAACAGAUUAUUGGUGUUCUCAAAGAGGAUGCAAUAUUACAAGCCAUUGGCAGCCAUAUUAGUUUACCAGACGAACAGCUAUGUCCAGAAGAUUUUCCGGUUCACUUUCACAAUACAAACAAUGAAACGACGUCUAAAUUAACUGAAAAUGAUUUGAGUGAUAUUACUUCAGAUGAAGGCAACGACGAGUCUAGUCCUACCGGAUCUCUACAGGACUUACAAAGUGACUCCAGUAUUACUUCUCAGGAUACCAUCAUUUUGAUCAACACUGACUCCAAUGGUGACUCCAACAACCAAUUUGAGAUAUUUACUAAUAAAAAUAGUUUUAAUGAUUUACAAACAACGAAUCAUGACUUUACUAAUAGUGAUAAUAACAUUAAGACACUGCACGAGGAUAUACUUAAUGACUCAAUGAACAGCAGGAGAACAAGUGAUUCAAAUGAUUUGUUUGAAACUAACACUUGUGUCGAUGGAGUCGUUAAAUCAACAGAAGAUGAGUCAACAAGAGGUACAACUUAUGAUAAUAGAGAUAAAGAGAGUGAAGAUUAUGAUGUGAAUGGAGACAACCGGAAACAGAUUAAUAAGUUUAGUGAUGACAACUGUGACACUCGUAAUAAUCACUCGCAAACAUUCAAACGGAAUCUCAUGUUUUACGAAAAUAUGUUAUCCGAUAAAAGUAGCGACAAAUCAAUGGAUAAUAAUAGCAUUACUACCAAAACAACAGACAAAGUUAUAAAACAAACUGUAAGUCAUUUUAUUAUUGAUAAUAAUCCAAAAUAUCCAAUAAUUACACAAACAGUUAGCGCCGGUAAUGCUAAUAGUGAUAAUUGUAUGAAUAAUACAAACAAUACUAUAAAUACUGAUAAACAUAAUGACAUGUUUGUGGAAAACAAGCAAAUGUCAGAUGAAGUCACUAAUAAAGCCAUGAAUGCCAAUGAUUUACAAAUAAACACAUCGUCAACAUUAACUAUGAGAGCACCGGCAGCACCACAACAGAGCCAACAAAACCAACUACAAACACAAUCAAACACUAAUAACUGGUCGACCGAUGAGUUUAUAAUAGAAUAUACCUCAGAACCCAAAGCAUUAGUUCCUUCCAAACGGACGGCCUCUCUGUCCAACUUUAUGGUCCCUCAUAUGACUGGCAAUUCUUUGAGACAGUCAAACACUAAUAUCAAUCAUAACAUUCAGUAUUUAUCGCUCAAUAGAAACGGUGAGAUUUCUAAGCAGUGGAACCAUACCAUUGAUGCACAUAAUAAAAGUAGUCUACAAUUACCCUAUAAUUUACAACCAAAUCAACGUUCCCUAUCACCCAAUCCAACACUAAUUGCUAAUAACAGUAGAUCAGUAUCUCCUCAACCACCACCAUAUUAUCAAAGUCGACCACAAUAUGUUUACAGCAAUCCUCCUCGAGGUCCAACCUCUCAAGCAAUACCAGUGCAAGUAAUGUAUAACCGAAUUGCUGGACAAAACCAGCAGCCAGUCAUGACAUUACCAAUAAUGAGUCAAACAUUAGGACAUCUUCAUAAGCAACCCCCGCCAUAUCACUAUCAUCUUCAACAACACAAUGAGUUCCCAAAUCCAAGUGAAAUUAGAAGACGUGAUGGUCUGAAUGCUUAUCCACAUAUUUUGAACCAAACACCACAAAUUGGUUCAUUACCUGUUCCACCAAUUAAUCAUAACAAUAAUAACAGUUCAUCACAUAAUCUCAGUAAAGAUGAAUUGGAACAGUUUGUUCAACAAGACAUACAACGAACAGAAAGAAUCAAAAAGAGGUAUUCAAUGUCUGAAGACGAAGACCCGUCAUUCGGGUUCGCCCGCAGACCAUCUGUUAGAGGAAUUCGACCUAAAUUUGGAACAACUGAUGAUAUACUUAAACAAAUACAAACUAAAUCACACAACUCUAACGGUGCUAUUAGUUCUCAAUCAAUCGGUAGUCAUGUGUCGUGGCCUCAGAUGACAAAUAAUAGAAAUAUUUGCAUUAAUAAUACUAAUAUAAGUAAUAAUCAAAUGUCACCGAAUGUAAACCAAAUUCAACAAAGAAGACCUCAAAUAAUCCACGUAAGACUUCAACCACAAAAUGCAAUGACUGUCCGUUCCCAUGAAGCGCCAGUACUUGGAGCACAUGGACCAGUAGGUGUAUCUCAAAUAAAAGCCGGAACCCUUCCCAGACCACAGUCGCUGAUAGUUCAGUCAAAAGUGAGUGCCAUUAACAGUAAUGAGGGUCUUGUGAUCCGAGUGCCGGCUAAUACAACUCGUGAUCAGCUGAAGCAACAAAUUCAACGCCAACUCGAACAACAACUACAGACACGAAUGAAACAAAAGAUGAGUUCAAUGCCAAUGACUGCCACAAAGCCAGUGAUGAUGUCUUCCAACGAUGAAAGAGGGGCUCCAGAAGGGGCCAGUUCUUCACCCAAACAUUCUUCCGAUGUGUUGUUUGCCAAGAAUUUGAAUACAAACUCAAAUACAAAUGUUGUUAAACCUUUAGACACGACGACAGCUAAUAAUAGACAACAAACUAAUGAUACAAAAAAACUAGUCAUUAAUGAUGACAACACUACUAAUAGUAAUGUUGCGAAAGAUAAUGAAGGAGUCAUUUAUUACUCUAUGAAUGUCUGAUCGACACUUUGAUUGACUACUAAAUUGUGUUUCAAUUUUUGCCUAAAUAUAUUAUAAUU